GGGAGUGGGGUGCCGCAGGGCUGUGCCAGCAGGGCAGGAGGCUGAGGAUGGGGAUGGAGGGACUCCUGUCCCCUCAGGUGCUGUGGCUGCUCCUCUGGCUGCAGCUGUGCAGGGGGGCUGCGGAGGUGAGGCUGGAAAAUGGUGGCGGACGCUGUGCUGGAAGAGUGGAGGUGAAACAAGAGGGCCAGUGGGGAACUGUGUGUGAUGACGACUGGGACAUGUCUGAUGCUGCAGUGGUUUGCAAGCAGCUGGACUGUGGGUUUGCUGUUGAAGCACAUUGGACUGCACACUUUGGGCCAGGAUCUGGCCCCAUUUGGAUGUCUGAUGUUGAGUGUCACGGCACCGAGCCUGCCCUGUCUGACUGCGAAAACACAGGAAGCUCUGAACUGUACUGUGAUCACAGUGAGGAUGCUGGAGUGACAUGUUCAGGAUUUGUCCAGCUAGUUGGAGGGGACAGCCCCUGCUCAGGACGAGUGGAGAUCUAUGACAAGGACCAGUGGAAAGCUGUCUGUGACUCAGACUUUGGUCCCAAAGCCGCUGACGUGGUCUGUGGGGAGCUGCAGUGCGGCGUAGCCCUGUCCAUGCCUGGGGCAGCUCUUUUUGGAAAAGGUGUUGGUUCCAUCUGGGACAGAGAGCUGCAGUGUUUGGGGAAUGAAUCCCUUCUCGCCUCCUGCCCAAGAGGGUCCCCCAGGGACCAGCCCUGCACCCACACCAAUGCUGCCGGUCUCACCUGCACAAAGUACACAGGGUUCAGGCUGGUGAAUGGCAGCACAGCUUGUGAUGGGAGGGUGGAGGUCCAGGUGCUGGGGACCUGGGGCACCCUCUGUGCUUCCCGUUGGGACCUCUUGGAUGCCCAUGUUCUCUGUCGUCACCUCAACUGUGGGUUUGCUGAGUCCAUUCCUGGAGGAGGGCACUUUGGGAGAGGCAUGGGCCCCACCUGGAGAGAGUCAUUCCACUGUGAUGGGACUGAAGGCCACCUGGGACAGUGCCCAGUGACUGCCCUGGGAGCCUCACCGUGCUCCCACGAGAAUGUUGCUGAUGUCAUUUGCUCAGGUGACUCCGCAUCCCUGCGGCUGGUGGGUGGAGGGAGCCGGUGUGACGGGCGAGUGGAGAUCUUCCAGAGCGGGACGUGGGGCAGAGUCCUGGAUGACCAGUGGGACAUGCAGGAGGCCAGUGUGGUGUGCCGGCAGCUGCGGUGUGGAGAGGCAGAGACAGCCUACAACCCCCCGAAGUCUGAGAGAGGGACGGGUCCCAUGGGGCUGCGAGGGGUGCGGUGCGCAGGGCACGAGGCCAACCUGACCCUCUGCAACACCUCCCUGGCCGAGAGUGCGCUGGCAGCAAGUAUUGCAGAGGAUGUGGGGGUCGUUUGCUGGGGGAGCCGGCAGGUCUGGCUGGUGAACGGGUCCGGGCGCUGUGCUGGGAGAGUGGAGAUCUACUACCGGGGCAGCUGGGGGACCAUCUGCGAUGACGGCUGGGACCUGCCCGAUGCUGCCAUCGUUUGCCACCAGCUGGGCUGCGGAGGGGCGGUGGAGGCGGUUGGCUCUGCUCGGUUCGGGGAAGGCUCUGGGCAGAUCUGGCUGGAGAGUGUGAACUGCUCCGGGGCCGAAGCUGCUCUCUGGGACUGCCCGGCAGGGUCCUGGGGGAAGCACGACUGCGGGCACAAAGAGGACGCAGGAGUCGUCUGCUCAGAGUUCGUGGCCCUGAGGCUGGAGAACAGCACCAACUGCUCCGGGCGCCUGCAGGUUUUCUAUAACGGGACAUGGGGGAGCGUUUGCUCCAACUCAAUGACUCCCAAAACGGUGUCGCUGGCCUGCAAGGAGCUGGGCUGUGGGGAUGCAAAAUCCUUGGAACCGUACCUGACCUCUGGCAGGCUGACUGGCCCCGCCUGGCUGGAUCGCGUGGAGUGUGGGGAGAGAAACAGCUCCUUCUGGCAGUGUCCCUCCGCUCCCUGGGACCCACAGUCCUGCGAUGACCUGCGAGAUGAGACCCACAUCACCUGCAACGGGAGACAGCCAGAAACGCCCCCGGCCCUGGGGGCCACGUGCCCAAACUCCACGAGCUGCACAGACAGGGAGAAGAUUCGUGCUGUGGGAGGCGAGAAGGGGUGCUCGGGCAGAGUGGAGGUGUGGCACCGUGGCUCCUGGGGGACAGUGUGCGACGACUCGUGGGACAUGCAGGAUGCCGAGGUGGCAUGCAGGCAGCUGGGCUGUGGCCCCGCAGUGUCUGCCCUGGGCGAGGCUGCCUUUGGGGAGGGGACGGGCCCCAUCUGGCUGGAGAAGGUGGAGUGCCAGGGGACAGAGCCCUCUCUGCAGGACUGCUGGGCCCAGCCUGGGGACAGCGGUGCCUGCCGGCAUAAGGAGGACGCUGCCGUCAACUGCUCAGAUCCCACCCAGGGCCGUCCAACGGGCAGCGGGAGAGUCUCAUUGCCCGUCAUCAUCUGCAUCAUCCUGGGAGCCCUUCUCUGCCUGCUCCUGGCCCUCCUGGCCGGGCAAGUGUGGAGCGCUAGGGCUGGGCGCAGAGGCUCCGAGAGAGCUUGGGAGCCCUUCCCUGAGGCCCUGUACGAGGAGAUUGGUUACAGCCCGGCGUGGGAGAAGCAGGCGAGGUUCAGCGUCUCAGGCUCCUAUUCAGAGGGAUCCCUGACCAAGGUGCAGCCCCAGCCCGGGGACAGUGAGGAGGAGGAUGGUCCGGGGUCAGCCCCAGACGUCCCUGUCUGGCCCAGAGGUGACCCAGCAGAUGGCUAUGAUGAUGCCAGGGAGGUUUCUGACCCUGGGGAGGAUCCUGCCUCUGGUCAGGGAGACUGGGAAAUGCCCAGGGCCCCAGAGGAGGGAGCAGGGCCCAGGGAUGCACCUGGAGGGGCAAAGCUGCGCUCCCAGAGAAGUGCUGGGGCCCCUGGAGCGGAGGGAGACGCCUGGUCCCUGUCCCCGGAGAGCACAGGCUAUGACGACGCUGAUGAGGCGUCUCUGGCACAUCCCCCUGAGGACACAAAGGCUGUGACACCAGAGCUCAGUGCCCAACAGUCCCUGGGCCCGGGGCCAGGACAGCCCGUCCCUGCCAUGCAGCUGGGUGCAGCCAGGAGGGAGGAGAGGUCUGUGCAGCUGGGAGAGCCGUGA